AUGUCGAACCCCAACCACGCAAUAGUCUUCGGCGCAGCUGGCCUAGUCGGCUGGUCAACUGUGGAACAGCUGCUCUCCAACUACCCCGCUGAGGGAUCAUUCGACAAGAUCACCGCAGUGAUCAAUCGCCCGCUGCCCGAGUCAGAGUUCUACUGGCCACCGGAAUCUGCGACCCGGCCCAGGUUGGAGAUAGUCUCCGGGGUAAACUUGAUGAACGGCACUGCCGAAGACUUAUCCAGACAACUGAAGGAGAAAGUCCAUGGGAUAGCUGACGUCACCCAUGUCUUUUACUUUGUAUUCAAAGAGGUUAAUGACGAUCAUAUUCUGGAGUGCCAGACCAAUUGCAACAUGAUGCAGCGUGUGGUUGACGCCAUCACAUCUUUGUCGCCUGGGCUAAAGUCCUUCAUCUACCCUGGCGGAACAAGAGGCUACGGCAUAUACGUCCCCGGAGGAACGUUCCAAGCUCCGUUGAAGGAGUCAAUGGCGGACAACCUUCCUGAGGACUAUGCCAAGACGGUCGCCUACCCCUGGUACAGGCAGCUUCUAGGUAAAGCUAGCGAGGGCAAGAGCUGGACGUGGACAGAAGUGUGCCCGGAUGCGGUCGUGGGUUUCACUCCAAAUGGAUCCGGGUGGUCUCUUGCUUUGCACUGGGCUCAGUACCUCUCACUGUAUGCUCACAAUCACGGCGUUGAUGGCACAAGAGAGCCUUCGGUAGAGGUCCCGUUUCCUGGCAACGCAGCAGGCUACAACAGCUUCUUCACCCCGGUGUCUUCUCGCACAUUGGGCCGCAUCGCUGUUCAUGCUUCGCUAAAUCCGGACAAAUGUGGCGGAAAGAUCAUCAACAUGGCCGACAGUGAGACGCCGACCAAAUUUCGAGAGAUAUGGCCAGCGCUUGCUAAGUGGUUUGGGCUGAGGGGCGUGGACCCAAGCGAGGAUGACCAGACUCUGAAGCCCGGCGAAUACAUCAAGAAGCACAAGCAUGUCUUUGCGGAGAAGGGCUUCCCGAAAGCCUCUUCUUCGGGCGUGGGUGCCGGAGCGUCUCAACUUGACAGCGUGGGAUACUGGCUGUCCUUUGACCGGCAGCUCAGCUUGGAGCGGCUCCGUUCUGUGGGAUUUUCGGACGAGAGAGAUCCGACCGAAGGGUGGCUAGAGGCGUUUGAGAAAUUCAGAGAAGCUGGUAUUAUCAUGUAA